UUGUCAAGAAGAUCAACCAAAGCAACGAAUACAGUCACUGGUCACAACUCUCUCAAAUCAGCACACUCAGAGUUUUGUUUCUGAACACUGUCGGCUUGUUUUGUUCUUCUCCAUCAUGACAACGUAUACGGAUAAGGGACCGAAGCCCGACGUUGGCAAGUUUGAAGGGUUCGAUCACAUUACCUUCUGGGUCGGAAAUGCCAAGCAGGCCGCUACCUUCUACAGCGUACGGUUUGGCUUCGAAGUCCUUGGCUACCGUGGGCUGGAGACUGGUGACCGGAAGGUGGUGUCAUGGGCACUGAAGCAGAAUCGCAUCAUCUUCGUAUUCCAGUCUGCGCUGAACCCAGACGACCAGACAUUAGGCCCCCAUCUUGUUCGUCAUGGCGACGGAGUCAAGGAUGUGGCUUUUGCCGUUCAGGACUGCAAGGGAAUUAUUGAGAAAGCACGCAAGCGUGGUGCAACAAUUGUAAGAGAGCCAUACACAGAGUCAGACGACAAUGGCACCGUAACAUUCGCACAAAUUCAAACGUAUGGUGACACUACUCACACAUUUGUGGAGCGUGCCAAUUACAGUGGACCAUUCCUACCUGGCUACCGUAUCAAUGAGAAAGUCGAUCCCAUCUUGGCUAAGCUUCCGGUGAUUGGCCUGCAGUUCAUUGAUCACGUGGUGGGCAAUCAGCCAGACCUGCAGAUGGAGGAGGCAGCCAGUUGGUACGAGAAGAAUCUCAUGUUUCACCGCUUCUGGUCUGUGGACGACUCUCAGAUCCACACAGAGUACAGUGCGCUGCGUUCGAUUGUCAUGACCAAUUACGACGAGACGAUCAAGAUGCCAAUCAACGAGCCAGCGCCAGGCAAGAGAAAGAGCCAGAUUCAGGAGUAUGUUGACUACAAUGGUGGUGCCGGUGUACAGCAUAUUGCCUUGAACACAUCAGAUAUCAUCAAGACUAUAACUAACCUGCGUGCACGUGGCCUGGAGUUCUUGAGUGUGCCUGAUUCGUACUACACGCAACUCAGAGAAAGACUGGCACAGUCCAAAGUCACAGUUACAGAGUCUCUUGACAUUAUCCAGCAGUUGAAUGUCCUCAUAGACUACGACGAUGACGGUUACCUGCUUCAGAUUUUCACCAAACCUGUGCAGGACAGGCCCACACUCUUCCUAGAAGUCAUCCAGAGACACAACCAUCAGGGAUUUGGUGCUGGCAACUUCAAGGCAUUGUUUGAAGCAAUUGAAGCUGAUCAAGCAGAACGUGGCAAUCUUUAAUUUUGUCCGUGCCAACGUCGCUGCUAACAGUUUAGCGGUGUGCAGUGGCAGCGUGAUUCAGAUACAUCUCUAUUUACUCUGAUGCCAACAAAAGAAGGUCCAGCGUCCUAAUAUACAUUAGAAGAAGGUCCAGCAUCUAAUAAUAAACAUUACGUCAGUGUUAGUAGUGUGAGAGAGUAUUCAGUGUGCUACUUCGAAGUGCGCUUAUAAGACAGGCCUCAUUUUUGCAGUGGGAAGCCAAACUUUAUAGUGGCAUCCCAGCAAAGACUGACUGGCCGUAUUAGCUUUAAGGCAUGGCAAUGUGGUGUUGUAUGUAUGGCCUAUGUGUUACUUACACAGGUUGCUACAAGUUUUGGGAACAACUGACUCAUCAAUAUCAGCGAUAAUUAUAUUCGUUCUCUGAUCUUUCUGGCAAGAAUGGCACACCAAUUGAUUACCCCUUUUUUUAUAGAUCAGAUUCUUGAUAAUUUCCAUUGUAUUGAGAGUUUGCUGGCACAUCCUCCA